AAAAAAAUGUCUUUACCAUUUGUAAAGUGUCAAAAGGAAACUGAAAGUGAAAUUCUCAACUUUGGUAUAAAAGCUGGUCCUUGAGCAAACUUUCAAGAGCACCUCAAAUAUCACCAUGGCUCUGUGCAAAGAACUCCGGCCUGGAGACCUGAUUGAGAUUUUCCGCAUUGGCUAUGAGCACUGGGCCAUCUACGUGGGAAAUGGUUAUGUGAUCCAUCUGGCUCCUCCAAGUGAGUACCCUGGGGCUGGCUCCUCCAGCAUCUUCUCUGUUCUGAGCAGCAGGGCUGUGGUAAAACGGGAACUCCUGAAGAAUGUGGUGGGUGGCUGCCAUUAUCGAGUCAACAAUGACUUGGACAAAAAGUACAUACCACAGCCUGUGAACGUGAUCAUCUGUUCUGCAAAGGAGAAGGUUGGUGAGGAGAUGGUGUAUAAUAUUCUGGACAGAAACUGUGAGCACUUUGUCACUGACCUGAGAUAUGGCAAGGCUAAGAGCGAGCAGGUGGAAAACGUCCUGAUCGGAGCAGGGGUGGCCCUGGGAAUCGGAAUUCUGGGUGUUGUUGGAUAUUCUCUUUGGAAGAAACGCUCCCAAAACCAGUGAGAGCCUGCAGGAGCCACAGAUUCCUGGGUAGAAGCAGCUGUGGAGGCCAGCAGAGACGGCCCCCCACAGCCCACUGUCCACCAACCCUCGCGCUACGGUGACCUGCAACUCUCCCUCACUUUCCCAUCCUCACUGGCUGAAGAAUGUGCCGACUGUACCAACUGAACCAUCAAUAAAUGUUAUCUACAGAAAGGACUUACCCUGGGUGUUUGUAGAUUUCUGGAUCAGAAAGGAGGAACAUUAAUUCAGCAUUAGUUAGAUACUUUCCAACAACCUUUAGCUGUGCAACCCUGGGAAAGGCUCUUGCCUCUCAGAGCCUCAAUUUCGUCUUCUCUGAGUGGAGGUAAUGAACCACUUCAUAGGGAUGUCAUGAGGGUCGCUAAGAUAUGUGAACAUGGGGAUGCAUAUAUCUUUGCAAACUAGUGUUUUUGUUUUCUUCAGAUAAAUAACCCCCACCCCCAGAAGUGGAAUUGCUGGAUAUCAUAUUUCUAUUUUUAAUUUUUUAUGGAAUCUCCAUUCUGCAGCCAUAGUGGCUGUACCAAUUUACAGUUCCACCAACAGGGCAGAAGGGUUCCCUUUUCUCCACAUCCUCACCAACACUUGUUAUUUCUCAUCUCUUUGAUGCUAGUCACUUUAACAGAUGUGAGCUGUUGUCUUAUUGUGGUUUUGAUCUGCAUUUCCCUGAUGGCUGGUGAUGCUAACCACCUUUGCAUGUACUUGGUGGCCGCCUGUAUGUUUUCUGCCUUCUUCAGUUGGCUGAUUAACUCUGCAUCUUUUUCUUUGUUAGUGUAAGGAUUUAUGCUACAAAUUUCUUUCUAAGUAUCCCUUUAGUUGCCUGUCCCAAAUAUUGUUAUCUAAUAUUUUUGUUAUCAUUCAGUUCAAAAUAUUAUCAAAUUUCUACUCUUUUCAUCUUUGACUCAUAAUUUAUCUAACAACACGUUCUAAAAUUUCUGAGGUAGAGGGUUUUUCUAGCUAUUUCUUUGUUAUUGAUUUCUCACUUUAUUGCAUUAUGGUUAGAGAAUAUGAUCUUUAUGUUACCAGUUCCUUGAAAUUUGUUGAGACUUGUUUUAAGGCCCAGGGUAUGGUCAUUUUCAUACAUUCUUUUGUGUGUGGUCAAAAACAAUCUGUACUCCACAAUUGUGCUAUAUAUGUCCAUUAAACCGGCUUGUUGGUAAGUUUUCAGAUUUUUUAUCUUCCCUAACUUUUAUGUCUCCUUGAUUUAUGAGGUUCUGAGAGAGGUGUAUUUAAAUCUCUCACUAUGACGGUGAAUUUGUCCCCUUUUCCUUGCAAUAGGCCAAAUUUUUCAGUAUCUAUUUUCAGACUUUUGUUAGAUGCAAACAAAUUUAGAAUUAUUAUAUCUUCCUAAUGAGGUAAAAGUUAAACAGAAACUUUUUGGGGUGUUUACCAACACUGACAACCAAUUCUCUGAUUCUCCAGACACUGGCUGGGUGUUCAACAAUUCAGUUCAAUUUUGACACUAUCUAUGAGGAGUUAGCACAGACCCCACAGUAAGGGCUCAGUCCCACAAGCCUUCCCCUCCACCCCGCCUUCAGAUGGCAUUUCCAAGUCCAAGUCCCAAAGCACCCACACUCUGUCAAUGGGGUUUAGAACAGGGAUUCCCACGACACCUCCUAGGAUUCAAUAAUUUGCUAGCACAGCUCACAGAACUCAGGAAGGCACUUUACUUACAGUUACUGGUUUAUUGUAAGAAAUACAACUCAGGAGUGGAACAGAUGCACAGGGCAAGGUAUGGGGGCAGAGGGAUGCAAGGAGCUUCCAUGCCUUCUUCAGGUACCCCGCCUCCCAGCACCUCCAUGUGUUCACCAACCCAGAAGCUCGUCAUGUCUCCUUGUUUAAGAGUUUUGUAGAGCUUCAUCUUCAGCCCCCCUCUACCACCCAGAGAUCAGUCGGUGGGGCUGAGUUCCAGCCUUCUAAUCACUUGUUCUUUCUGACGACCAGCCCCAUCCUAAGGCUUUCUGGGGUCCCCAGCCUAAGUCACCUCAUUAGCACAAGCUCAAGUAUAAUUCAAAAGGGGCUCAUUAUGAAUAACAAGACACUCCUGGCAGUCAAUAAAUUCUAAGAGUUAGAUACAUAUUCACAGAGAAGAAACUGGUGACUGCCAUGGGGGAGGAAGGUGGGAAUCGGUGGAUGAAAUAGGUGAAGGGGAUAAAGAGGCACAAAGUUCCAAUUAUAAUAUACAUUAGUCACAGAGAUGAGGAUACAUGAGUAGACUCUUGUAUGAGUAUAGCAUAGGGAAUAUUGUUAUAUCUUUGUAUGUGGAAAGAUGGUAACUACACUUAUGAUGCUGAGAGUUUAAUAAUGUAGAUAAUUGUCACUAUGUUGUUUACCUGAAACCAAUAUAAUAUUGUAUAUCAACUAUACUUUGUGAAAAUUAAGAAAGGGAGACUUCACUGGUCGGGAGGCCAGCAGAGGGGGCGCUCACACCUGCCACUGCUCGUGAAUCUCCCACCCCAGUGGAGGAGACUAAUCCCUUGCAAGUUAAUACUGUUUGAGCUACUUUGUUUCCCAGCGGGAGGAAGGAAGGCGUCUGCCUUUCUAGCCAAUGAGAGACUGUCACAAUUCAGCCAAUGAGAAACCACGACACGUGGGACUCCAAAUUUACUCCAAUGAACUUUUUGCUUAAAACAACCCCCAACUCAGCCCUGUUCUUCAUAAAAGAGUCUUCUCCUUUGUUUUCCAAACUUGGAUAUGGUUUUGUCUUAACUUGCUUGUCCCAUCCCAUGUUGCAAUUUUUUGUUACUCCUGAAUACACCUGUUUUUGCUAGUAAAUUUUAUUUUAUUUUCAAGGCUAACCACUUCAAUUAUUAUAAUUCAAUAAAUGUAAUUUCAAUAAUUAGAAGAAAUUACUUUUCAAAUAGGAAGAAAGGAAGGAGGAAGGAAUUUAAAAAUUCCAAGGGUUUUUGGAGCUCUGCCCAGGAACUGAAGACAAAAACCAACUAUAUUUCUUAUUAUGCCAUACCUUUUAUCCUCUUUCUGUCUAGUAAUAAUUUUUGCCUUGAAGCCUACAUUUUCUGAUAUCAAUAUGCUUAUACCAGCUUUUAGUUAGUAUACCUGUUUUUAGUUAGUAUUUGCCUAAUACAUUUUUUUCUUUUGACUUUUAAAAAUUUUAUCUAUGGAAGUAGAUUCAAAAACCUUAUUUUAUGUAAACUUUCAAGUUAAAAUUUCAGAUAUUUUUAAGAUGUUUACUAUGCAAACUUUUUAACACACAGAAAGCACUAGGAAGAUAGUACAGCGAUCACCCAUAUACCCACUGCUUAGAUUAAAAACUUGUUUUGUCAUAUUUAAUCUGAACCUAUUUUUAAUUAGUCUUGUGUUUACAUAAGCCUAAUGCCAUUAUCACACUUAAUAAAAUUAAGAAUUCCUUAAUAUUUUUAAUACUCAGCCCAUAUUAAAAUUCUCCAGAUUAUCCCAAACUACUUUCAUAGCUGUUUUUCACGUCUAGUUGUUUUGUCUCCAAAACACCCCUCAGUCUAGGACAGUUUCCACACACCCUCAAUUUAAAACAAUGGUUUUAAGACCUCUAGUUCAUUUAUAUUUAUCGUGGUUUCCAGUAUAUCUGGAAUUAGUCUUUCCAUCA